AUGGGGCAUUUCUCGUACAUGUUUAAUGGUUUGGCGAGGUCUUUUUCCAUGAAGAACAAAAGGAGCUAUUUUUCGGGUUGCAGUGGGAGAGGGGCUGUGGAAACCUUACAUAAUGAAGAAAAGAAGGUUGACAUGGUGUUAAGGACCUCAGGCACUGUUGAGGGAUCUAAGAAUUUUGCUGCUGUUUUCUCCAAAAGAGGGGAGAAAGGGGUGAAUCAAGAUUCCUGCAUUGUUUGGGAGGAAUUUGGAUGCCAAGAAGACAUGAUGUUCUGUGGCAUAUUUGAUGGACAUGGUCAAUGGGGUCACUAUGUUGCAAAGUGUGUUAGGGAAUCAAUGCCGUCUUCUCUGCUAUGCAAUUGGCAAGAGGCAGUUGCUGAAUCUGCUCUUGAGCCUCAGAUUGAUGUAGAAUUGGAGAAGAAAUUUAGUUCGUUCAAUAUAUGGAAGAGUUCUUAUUUCAAGACUUGUGCUGCUGUGGAUCAGAGGCUUAAGACUCAGCGUAAAUUUGAUUCCUUCAACAGUGGAACCACUGCAUUGACCAUCGUUAGACAGGGUGACUUUAUCUUUGUGGCAAAUGUGGGCGAUUCUCGUGCAGUACUUGCUACAACUGCCGAUGAUGGCAACCUCGUCGCUGUUCCCCUUACGCAUGAUUUCAAGCCCAAUCUACCUCAGGAGACUGAACGGAUAACUAAGUCGGGAGGUCGUGUCUUCUGCCUGGAUGAUGAACCUGGAGUACACCGUGUGUGGCUUCCAGAUGAAGAAUCACCUGGGCUGGCUAUGUCUAGAGCCUUUGGAGAUUACUGUGUCAAGGAUUUUGGACUCAUUUCUGUUCCUGAAGUCACACAGCGACAUAUAACAAGCGACGAUCAAUUUGUUGUACUGGCUACAGAUGGGGUUUGGGACGUGAUUUCCAACCAAGAAGCAGUGCAGAUUGUAUCAUCAAUUCCAGACAGAGCAAAGGCUGCCAAAAGUCUAGUAGAAUGCGCAGCGCGGGCAUGGAGACGGAAGCGAAGGGGUAUAGCCAUGGAUGAUAUUUCAGCUAUUGUUCUCUUUUUACAUAAACCUUCUAUAUGUCAGCAGAUCUAUCCUGUAAAUAAAUCCAACAGCAUUUAG